CUAAAGCCUCAUCGAGCGCAAUUAGCACGCCAAAACGUCACAGGUGGCGCAAUCCACAACUUUUUCCGCAUGCCUAUGGCGCUACUAUGUAAGUCAAUGCCAAAAUCCUAUCGUUGUCCACAAAUUUGAUAACCGCUGACGACCACUUUUCGGGACCUUGGAUCAACAUACCAUCAUGUCCGAAACGCUGCACAAUUCGACUCCUAUCAAGGUUCACUGGUAUCGAUCGACUUUUUUCAAUGCUACGGUCCUUGGAAUUACCAAUUUCCUUGCACCUGGGAUAUGGGGUGCUAUGAACUCGUUGGGUGCUGGAGGUUUGCAAAAACCGUAUCUAGUCAACGCCUCUAACGCCUUGACCUUUGCCCUCAUGGUCAUAACGGCAUUCCUCGGUAGCUUGAUGGUGAACAAAUUUGGUAUUAGGGCCACUUUGUCGUUCGGUGCUGCUGGCUACGCGCCCUACGCAGCUGGUCUCUAUUGCAACAACGUAUUCGGAACUCAGUGGUUCGUCCUGUUCGGAGCGGCGUUGUGUGGUAUCAGUGCGGGUGUAUUUUGGAUGGCCGAAGGUGCUGUGGCUCUGAAUUAUCCUGAGGCCCAUAACCUUGGCAAGUUCAUCGGAUAUUGGCUUUCCUUCCGCGUCGGUGGUCAGAUUGUAGGCGGUGCGAUCAAUCUUGGACUCAACGCACAUCGCUCGGAAGCUGGUUCCGUGUCGCCAAAAGUCUACAUCAUUUUCAUCACCCUUCAGGCGCUUGGUCCUUUCACUGCUUGGUUACUCUCCUCUCCGGAGAAGGUCCAGCGGACGGACGGAACACAAGUACAUCUGAUCAAAGACAGCAACUUAAAGCGCGAAGCCAGGGAUAGCUUGCGAUUGUUCUUCUCCAAGAAUUUCCUUCUCACCAUUCCUCUGAUUACACAAGCCGUAUUUAGCGAAGCAUUCAAUGGAACAUACCUCACCUUGCAUUUCAGUGUCCGUGCGCGUGCUUUGGGUUCUUUCCUUUCUGCAAUCGUGGCCAUCAUUUUUGGGAACCUUCUUGGUCGCUUCCUUGAUCGAACAACACUGUCCCUUAAAUUCCGUGCUCGAAGUGCGUUUAUCGUAGUCCUGGGUCUUCAAGGGUGUUGGUGGACGUGGUCAACGAUUAUACAACACGAAUAUCAGAAGACUGGAGUAGUUCUCGAUUGGUCAAGCCCUGGAUUCGGAAGGGGAUUCGCUUUGUAUCUCUUCCUUGUCGGAGGUUUCCAGCUGAACUAUAUGCUUCUCUUUUGGGUCGUGGGACACAUUGUCGACGAUAUCGAAGGUGCUUCACGCGUUGCUGGGCUCCUUCGUGCUACAGAAUCAGCUUCACAGUGCGUCAGCUACGGUCUCAAUUCUAUCUCUGCUUUGGCAACGUUGCCAACAAGCUCCAUAAAUUUUGGGUUGUGGGGCGUCAGUCUUGUUCCUGCUUGGCUUGUUAUUCGACAGAUUGGGGUUAACCUGGAAGGUAGACUGGAGAGAGAGGCUCGUUUGGCGGGCCAAGCCACCUUUGAUACUGAUACGAAAUUAUCUGUUGAUGCACUAGAGUAGAUUAUCAACUUCACGAAUCACGAUUAGAGUAACGGUUUACAUCGUACAGUAAUGUGUUAGCUAUAGUUAAUACACUUCUUCUCGAUCG